AUUCCCCUUCCCGUGUGACCAAGCAGUGGUGCAGUCCGUGGAGAGUGUUGACUGCCCGUGCCCCGAUUGUAAUAACAAGAAGCGUCGCUGAUCACGUUACCGCUCCAAGCGAUUACGAACACUUCACACUUGCCUCACGCCGUGGCUGGCCUGAUGGAAUCAAAUGGAACACAGUUGAGCUUCAUGUGCUCGCCAUGCACUUUGACUUCACUCCUCAAAAGCAGGGAGGAUUUAUUGUAAUUACAGAGGAUUAGAACAUACAAGGAAAGGCAAGAGUUAUAUGACUGGUCUUUAAUACAUGUACCUGCACUUCAGACUUCUCUCUUCAAAUAAAUAAAUUACAAAAAAUACUGGUAUAUUGGAUUGGCACUGGCUUGCAAUUCAUUUUCUUCAAUGAUACGUGUCAGUUAGUCUUUUGAUUGAAAUAAAGAACUCUCUCUGGAAUGCAUUUAAAUGGAAUUCACAUUUUCACUGCUUUGAAAACACUCUUUGACAGUCGUGUUCUCUACUUUGGUUGAUUCAUAGGAUUUACACUUGCAGUGGAUAUAUAGUUGUGAUGUGAUAGAGGAUGAACAUGAAUCAUUUGUAUUAAUGGCAGUCUUCCAUGCCGUAGAGGAGGGGAACCUCCAUGGUAUCAAAGAACUGGUGGAAAACCUUACCACUUAUGAUCCGGACCAAAAGAACAAACAUGGAGAAACAGCACUCCAUCUUGCGGCAGGCUACGGUCAUGUUGACAUCAUCAGGUAUCUUCAAGAUAAAGGUGCUACCAUUGACGUCGCUGAUAAGCAUGGUGAUAAUGCAGUAUACUGGGCGGCGAGGCAGGGUCAGAUUGCGGCCAUGAGCUUUCUCAAAGACCAAGGCUGUCGUCUUGAUGCACAAAAUAAGACGGGUGAGACGCCCCUGCACGUUGCCGGUCGUUACGGUCAGGGGGAAGCGGUGCAGUAUCUCUGCGAUCAGGCUGUUAACAUGAACCUAGCAGACGAGGACGGGGAAACCCCUCUUCACAUAGCUGCCUGGCAUGGCUACACCAGUAUAGUUCAGACACUAUGCAAAGCUGGUGCAACGUUAGAUCUCAAAAACAAGGAUGGUGAAACAACCUUGCUCUGUGCCGCAGCCAGAGGCCAUCUAGACAUCGUCAAGAUCCUGGUGGAAGCCGGCGCCCUUCUGAACACCAUUGACAAGCAUGGCAUCACCCCGCUUCAUCACUCCGUCAGGAGACAGCACUAUGAUAUCGUCAAGUACCUGGUAGACUCCAACUGUGAUGUCAAUCUCCAGGAUAAGCUUGGUGAUACCCCAUUGAAUGUUGCAUGCAAAGAAGGGGCUUUAGACUUGGUGGAAAUGCUGCAUGCUGUUGGAGCAAAGAGAGACAUUCUAAACAGGCAUAAGAACUCGGCACUUCACAUGGCUGCCAGAGGUGGUCACAUAGAGGUAGUAAGGUAUCUCUGUUUAGCAGGCUCUCUCAUUCACCAAAGAAAUCAGGAUGGACUGACCGCCUCUCAGCUGGCCAGUCUAGAAGGGCAUGAGGAUGUAGCAGAUGUACUCACACAACUUGAAGGGGAUAAGAGUAAGGAGCUCUUUAUCAACCAGCUGAACAGUACCUCUGGACCUCUCCAUCGCAUCCGCAUCAAGGUUCUAGGUCAUUCUGGUGUUGGCAAGACCACCCUCAUCGACUCCCUCAAGUGUGGUUACUUUCGAGGUCUCUUCCGCCGUUCCCGCUCCAACAUCAGCCUCAUCGGUAGCAGCAAUGGGCGUAGCUCACCACGCUCUCCCAAGAGUCCACGGAGCCCGCUCACCCCGCGCAGCCCCAUGUUCGGGAACGGGAAGAAGAUGGACGGCAGCCGGUUCUUCAUGGAGAGCCUGAGGCGGAAGCAGCUUUCAUCAACGUCUUCCAGUAUAGAUGUGGACUCAGAGGUCACAAGAGGGAUCGAGUUCACUCAUGGAAACAUUCCAGGUGCUGGGGAUUUUACCUUCCUGGAGUUUUCUGGGGAAGACACCUACCAUACUGCCUACCCUCACUUCCUGUCUGAUGAGGGUGCUAUCCACCUGGUAGUCUUCAGCCUGGAGGAUAUGUUUGAAGAACAGCUCGCCCAGGUCACGUACUGGAUGAACUUCCUGAGAUCACAGCUUCCGUCCUCUGAACCAGUUGGCUACUGUGGCAAGUAUCGUCAGCAACCAAAGAUAGCCCUGGUGGCCACACACGCUGACCAUGCCCAAUGUCCAAAGCAACCCACGGGGGAGAUGGUCAGUGGGGAAGGGAACAUCGUUCUAUACCAAACCAAGAGGCUGUUCGGCCGGCUCUUUGACAUCUGUGAUGUCCUCUUUGUAAUGGAUGCCCACAUUGCUCAAUCCAAGGAUAUUAAGAUGCUAAGGACUCACAUAUCAAGCUUGAGGAAUUCAAUACUCAAGGUUGAAGCCCCAGUGUCAGUCCUGUGCGAAGCAGUCGCGUCAGCACUGCCAUCGUGGAGGAGAACAUUUGCAAACUUUCCUGUGUUGACAUGGCAACAGUUCUCUGAAGGUAUCCAUGCCAGUAUUAACCCUCUAGCUGGUCAAGCCCAUCUCAGGGAUGUAGGGAGACAACUUCAUCUAAUGGGAGAGGUUCAAUGUUUCAGCAGUGAGCUCCUUCAGGAAGUGAUAGUAAUAGAACCCACCUGGUUGUGUUCAGGAAUCAUUGGCAGGCUCCUGAGCCACGAUGCCACAGAGCAACCUGAAGGCCAGUACAGUAUCCACUACAUCCAAUCCCUGUUCCCAGACACAGAUGCCAUGGACAUCUCCCAACUGAUGGAGGCUAUGGACAUAUGCGUUCACGGAACAGUGUGUGAGAUUCCCGCCGUCAUGCGGUGUCCUGCCCCAGAGAGCAUUUGGGAGAAGGAGGAUGAAAACGGCAACUUCCGAGUGUAUGGUGGUGUCCGGAUGCAGUUGAGUGAUUGUGGAAGCACCUUGCCCUCAGGGUUGUUUUCCAGGAUUCAGAUGUCUUUGAGGAGGAACUUUCAGCAGGACAUGGAAGACACAACAGACAAUGAGCUUUUAAUGUGGAGGAAUGGAGCCAAGUGUUCUAGUGGAAGCAUUGAAGGGUUGAUUUCCAUGACGAACAAUGAAUGUGCCAUUGAGAUCAAAGUGCGAGGGUAUAACGACUCCAGACAAGGAUGCUUCAUCUUCCUGGAAGACCUUGUCCAUCUUGUCAAACAUGUCCUAGUGGAUUCUUAUCCCGGAUUACCGCUGAAUAUGGAGGUGCUGUCACCAGUCCAACUGUCUUCCCAUGAGAAGACUAUCAUGGUAUAUGACCCAUGUUCUUUGCUUAAACUACAACUCAAAACUGAGAGGACGGUUGAAAAUCUCAUUUCCAACCAGGAGGAGGAUUUUGUUGAUAUCUUUUGUUUUGGAUCAGAGCCAGUGGAAUCCAAUCUAAUUGCAGGUGUAGACCUGCAUAUCCUGGAGAUCCCAUCGUUGACGAGAAGACAGAUCAGCAUGUUGUUAGAUCCUCCGGACCCCAUGGGCAAGGAUUGGUGUCUGCUAGCCGUGGGGUUGGGACUCACAGAGAAGAUCCCCAUGUUGGACACCCUCAACCGAAGGUGCGGUCCUGACGAGUCAGACUCCCCGACGGAGCGUCUGCUGCAGGAGUGGGGGAAGGAGGAGACGAACUCUGUAGGUUUGCUUUUAAACAGAGUCAAAGACUUGGGACGUGAGGAUGUGUCGAGGGUCCUGAUGCAGGGGUCCCCCCUCUAUAAGUUUGUGCCUGACCCAAGGGCAUUGGAAGAAGGGAGGCAGACGGGGUCAGGAUCCAAUCACUCAAGUAGCACAGUGGCUUCCAGAUGAGACGGCUGAUAUCUGUUAACAUGGCGACAGCAUCCCUCUCCAUCCUUAUUUUUUAUACUUGUUUAUUUCCUUGAGACUGUCACAGUCAUUUUUUAUAUUAUCAUUGUAUUUACUUCGUUGAGACUAAAGACCAACAUGAGGACUAAGUAUAUGUUACAUCCACGUGACCUUAAUUUGAUUGAUUGACAAUAGCAUCACUUGGGUGGUAAGACAUAGUCCCAGUUCUUUUUCCAUCAGAAGCAAGUGAACAGAUCCUUUUAUAAGCUACUGAAUGGUUUAUGUCUGUUUGGCUAAAAGCAAAUUCAUAAUAGAAAAAGCCAACACUGUUAUUGAAAAAUAGUUUGGGGAACUUAGGCCCAAGGAACUUGAAUCGUGGGGAAACUAUACAAGCAUGUUUGAUUUGCGGAAAGCCACCAUGAAAAGAUGCAUAGUGCCAUUAUAGCAGGAUAUCUGCUAAAGACACAUCAGAGGCUUUUGACAAGUUGCUUUAUGUAUGUCAGCUCUCUGUUGGUUGAUGAAUUGAAAAACAGUAGACUCUGUACAGGCCAACCUUCAAUAAGUUGUCGCCUAACUCAGAGCAUUAUUUAAGGGGAGAAUAUGCAAAAAAUGUGUUAUUUACAUCUUCUAAGUCAAAUUUUGGAUUAGUCAAACAGGGGCCUGUUUCAUAAAGGACUUGCAACUGUUGUAACUUUGCCAUAAUGGCAACUACCAUGGCAACAGGACUCAGCAGCCAACCCGAAUCAAGAUGUCCAUGGUAGUUGCCAUAAUGGCACAAUUGCAAGUCCUUUAUGAAAUGGGCCCCAGAUGUCUGUUGUCCUAAGAGAUUUGACACAGGCAUAGUCAUCUGUACUAAGUGUUAUCACCCACAUGAUGUUAGAGAGAUGCUAGCUCAAUAACCUACUUUUUGGUGGACUAGAAAUGAUAGUACACUACAUGGUUGUGUAGAUAUCUAUCUGGGUCAUAUUUACUGUAGUUAAGAUCAGUCAACCUUGCCACUCUAAAGAAAUAAGCAGAUUAUUAUUUUUUGCUAUUGAUUCUUCUUUUAUUGUUUAUUUUUGUGGAUUUUGUUUCAGACGGUAAUUUUUUUAAGCAUUGAUAAUGUAAUAUUGAAAAGGUUGUGUGAAUCAAACAGUAAUAUAUCAGUACAACUCCCAGAAAAUAUGGUGCCUAUUUUUUCAUGUAGGAAAUAUGUGCUUCUAUGUUAGUGACCAAUUUAUUUUGAUCUAAUCUUAGACAGAUUAUCAAUAUUUGCUUUAAUCAUUGAAUUCUUCUCUAGAGGGAAUGUAUCGACUUUUUUCCCUAUGUUCUUGUUUUUUCACAUUGAGUUUACCUUUUUUUAUGUGGACUGAAAGAAGAAUUGAUAAAAAUUGAUAACUUAAGAAAGAACUCUGUAAUAUUGACAGCUAACCUUUUACAAAUUACUUUUUUCUAAUUGAUUCUAGGUUAUUUAUACAAAAGUAUUUCAACAGAAAGUAUUUAUUGGGUGCACUCCUACAUGUAUCUUCUGGGCACUUCAUCAGUAUACAUUUCUAGCUCAAGAAAAUGCUCAUAUAUAAGCUUUGUCUUUCAUAAUGCUAGCCAGUGGACUUACUGUGUAAUAUACACUGUGCAUCAUAUUUAUUACAAGAAAGAGAAUGUUUUAUAGGAUUACAUAUUAAAUAUAUCUGCUAUAAUGUCUUUUAUUUUGCACUGUAUAUCUGUAUUUAUGGUCACCUUAGUGAGCUAUAUAAAAUGCGGGAAACAAGUAAGGUAUUCUCAAAGAUUUUGACAGAAAUCCAAAAAAAGUCAGUUUUUUAGGCACAUGAUCGAAUACCAGUUGUUCUAAUUCGUAGAUUACCUAACAUCAUGACUAAAAUGAUUUAAUCUCCAUUAAUUUCGCCUGGCUGUUUAUUGGUCCAUUUAUUGGUGGUCCAUAUAUCAGGUAACUUGUCAAAAGUAAUGGGUCACAUAUUCCCCCACAAGAUUCCUGCAAGCAGCUCUUCAUAAGAUACCCCAUGUAUCUCCUUUGGCUUUCUUGCUAGAAAAAAAUAUAUCAUCUAUUUAUUCUUUGACAAAGUUUCAAUUACUGCAAAUUGUUUUCAUCAAUUAUCCUACCAUUAAUACCAAAACAAAGUAUGAAUUUGUAGCCAGGACAUUUUUACACCUUCUUUUCAGUUACACUUUCCUCAGUUACACUCUCGUCACACUGGUGUAGAUAUUUAAUGGACGAUAGGGCAAUUGCAUUGUCCUUGCUUGCCCUUGACACUAUAGUUAGUAAUCACACAAACAUUUAGCUUAUUUUUUAUUUCUUGUUCUAUAACAGUCUAUUUGAUACCACAUAGAAUUCUACUUGUACAUUGUAAAAGGUCCCUUGGAAAAAGUCCACCCAUAAUUUGGUUUUAAUAGAAGAUCAUGUAUCGUUGUAGCCAGUGAAACUGUGGAUCGUUAAGACUUAAAAAAGGAAAAUGAAUCAAACCCAACUUAUAUCUUGAUAUGAUCCCUUGACACAUGAGUGCUGAAAUGUUUGAUUUGUUUAUGUUUAAAGGCACCUGAACAAUAGAUCAGUGCCAUGUCUGUAAUAGUAGGAACCUCAGCAUCUUUUCUGGCUUUCCUGCAUCUCCCAUUGUUUAUCUAUUCUAAAAUGACAGGAUUAGUGAGGAAUGGACGCUGAGUGUUAGCCAACCUCAGUGUCUUUUACAGUAUAUUUCUUGCUUUUCUAUUUUGUCUAUGCUGAAAUGGCAGCAUUGGUUAGGAAAGGAUGCGGAGUGUUGAUCAACUUCAGCACCUUGAAGUCAGUGGCUUGCCUUCAUUUCCUAUUUGUUUUUUCUAUGCUGAAAUGAGAUGAUUAUUGAGAUAAGAAUGCUGAGUGGGAUCUGAAAGGUGUGGUUCAUCCGUUUGUAUGUUGAGAUGGUAUGCUAAGAUGCCUGUCUUGGUUGGAAACUGAGCCCAUAUAGAGAGUACCGAAGUGUGAUGUCAUCAAGUUUUCACUUUUUGCAUUUCAGCGUUUUUUAUACCAUAUUUUGGUAGAGCAUGAUGAAAAACCCCCACAAUCCAAAUUUGGUGGGAAUCGGUCUGUGGGGCCCCAAGAUAUGAACUCAUUAAUACAUAAUUCGCCCCACUGAAGUGAGUGUAUUAUUGGCUUGGUUCUAAAAGUUAGGAACCAGGCCAAUAAGACAUUGACUUCAGUGGGGCGAUUUAUGUAUACAUGAGGUCAUAUCUCAGGCCCCCAUGGACCGAUUCUCACCAAAUUUUGGAAGUGGGGGUUUUUCAUCAUGCUCUACCAGAAUAUGGUAUAAAAAAUGCUGAAAUGCAAGUUUUUUGUGACGUCAUCACUUUGGUACUCUAUAAUGCAGGCUGGAGUCUAUGGAAAUCAUGGAAUAAAGCGAAAUCAUUCAACCUCCAAAGGGUUAAGUCAAAACACAAUGAUUGUUGAUGUUUGAAUAAAUAAUAUGUCUGUUCAUCCGACAAUACGCUCAUCAAACUUCUCGAGUUUCUCGAUCUCAAAAGGUAUUAAUAGCCAAAUGUUUUGUUCUUGAAUCUACUACAUUCUUCCAUGAUAGUUUUAGGUAUUUUUUAACUACUGCAACACAUUUUGAACAUGGAUCAUUGAUCAAUUGUUUUGUUCUGUGCAUGUUAAUGUCCUCCAUGCAUGUGUGUAUUGCAUUCUUUUGUUUGUAUUUAUACAGAUGUAUUAUUAAUUUUCCAUUUGUUUUAUAUGAAUCACAUGAUUACUUAGUAUUAUGU